CCUGAAUUUAGAAAAAAGAAAAUAACACAAAGGGUGGAACAUGCUACGAAACUCUCUUGCAAACCCAACCCCCCACUUUGCCUUUUAUUAUAUAACAGUUCCUUUUAGAGCCCAAGGUCGCAACAAAGACCAAGACCCUAAAACCAGAAGCCAAAAUCUAAUGGCAAACUUGAGAACAUCGUCAAAGGAUGGCCGAAGAUUGAAGCCGAAUGAAGGAUGUGAAAGACACCCAAAGCACAAGCAAUCACCAGGGGUUUGUUCACUUUGUUUAGCUCAGAAACUUUCUCACUUAUCAUCAACUCAUUCCACCACUCUUGCCUCUUCUUCUUCUUCUUCUUCUAUAUCUUCUUCUUGUUCUUCAUCUUCUUCCUGUUCUUCCUCUCCCUUUCUUCCUUAUCGUUUCAUUGCAGAUUCCAAAGGCACUUCUUUUUCUUUUUUAUUGUUUAAUGGCAAGAAUUUAUUCACUAAGAGCAGAUCAGUUGCUUGGCCUUCGAGAAUGAUAAGCAAAGAAGGCGAUGACCAUAAGAAGGAAAAAGGCGGGUUCUUGUCCAAGCUGCUUCACCCUAAAAAUACAAAGACAAAAGAACGAUGCUCAUAAAUGGCAGUGUUUGUUUGAUAUAUAUAUUUACUUGUUUCAGCUUUUUUUAAUUGAUUUAAGCAAUUAUUCCAUCCCGCAAAAGCCUAUCAUUAUUGAUCAUCCAAGAACAUUGUACAAAACCUUAUCUGCUUCUGUUUUACUGUCUUAGAAUAAUUUUGUUUGGUCCGCCAAAAUAAGACCUGUCCAUUAAUGUUAUAGAACUAAGUCAAAUGCUUUAGUUUUACUGUGAGAAUAAUUUUGUUUGAUCCGCUCAAGUAAAACCUUUACAUUAAUGUUUUAGAACUAAGCUCAAAUACUUGGAGAGAAAUUUAUUGCCACUCUUUCGAGUUUCGACCACCUAUUAAAAAAUAUAAUGUAUUUUACUUAGUACGUGUACCCUAAGAAAUUUUUGUGGUAUUAUAUAAUAUCAUUAUUAUAUUUA